AUGGCAGUGGUCACAUUAAAGAAUGCGAUUCUAUCACUUUUUCCAGCAAACACGUCGGAUUCCCAAAACGAGCCUCUACUAGGGGAGGAUUCCACUGGUAAUGCCGGCUAUGCUGCUCGGGAUGUGCAGGGAUUAGAGAGUGAAAUAGAGUCGAAUUCAACAAAGACACAAAACAUCAGCGAGGAUAAUCAAAACCAGACUGUCCUUUGGGGUUUAUUUGAGAAGGUAGACCCAAGAGUCAUGUCAGAUAUUAUUAUUGGGCUUUCAGACGGAUUAACAGUACCGUUCGCUCUUACAGCAGGAUUGUCUUCUUUAGGGGACUCCAAGUUGGUGAUUACUGGUGGUAUGGCCGAGUUAGUUUCCGGUUCCAUCUCUAUGGGUCUUGGUGGUUUCCUUGCGGCUAGGUCUGAAUCUGAGUUUUACAAAUCUCAAGUUCGAAAGGAGAAACAAUUAUUUUUCAAUAACAAGGAACUGCUGGAAGAAGAAUUAGAAGACAUUUUCCUUGAUAUAGGUAUGUCCGAAACCACAACAGAAUCAGCAAUCAGGGAUUUGUCAAAGUCUCCAAAGGCAAUGAUUGAUUUCAUUAUUAGACACGGAAAAGGUUUAGAGGAACCUGCUGACGGAAGGCAGGUUACCAGUGCUCUAACGAUUGGAUUGUCAUACUUCUUGGGGGGCUUCGUACCGUUGGUCCCGUAUUUUUUCACGGCUAUUGUGCAAACUGGAUUGAUCAUUUCAGUUCUUGUUAUGGGAGUCACAUUGUUUUGGUUUGGAUACCUUAAAACAGCUAUAUCAAUGGGAGAGGACUGUUCUCUGUGGAUGAGAGUCAGCGAGGGUCUGCAGAUGGUACUUAUUGGUUCGAUAGCUGCUGGGUCUGCUUGGGGAUUGGUGAGAGUAAUUGACACUAAUUGA